CCAUCUUGAGCCAUUACGGUGGCGGCAUCCCCGAUUCCGAACUAAAGUAGACGCGCCACCUCCUUGAUUUGCUGUAAAACUGUAAAACAUGUGCUUGCCAUCAGUGAUUGUAGCAGGAUUGAGCUUAUUCACAUAUACGUGGUUGCUGUUGUUGCCCGUGUUGGGAAUAAUAUUUGGAAUUCACACGUUCUGCACCAUCUCGCUUGUUGUUGUGUCAGCGCUACUUAUAUCUCAUCUCAUACCAGGCAUCGUGAGAUGGAUAUUCCCAAUCAUCGAUCUCGCUGUUCUGUCAGUAGCUGUCAUAAUUCCUCUCGCAUUAAUCCCAGAAUGGGUGACGGACCUUUAUCUGUUGCUCUUUGCCUUCCUUGAGCCUGUCCUUCUUGUUGUGGAGGUCAUUCAAGUUGUAAGUGCUAUUAGAAGCACUGGCCUCUUUGCACAACAAGGCAUCAGUGAACAGCCAACAUUUUGGAAGGGUACUGUGCUUUUUAGCACACUCAUCAGCUGGGUGUUUUCAGUUUCCAUCCUAUUGUGCAACCCCGAAUUCGGAAACCUGCUGUUCCUGCUGUGCCUGUUGAACAUAUUUGCCCAUGCCAUUACUGUGUGGGCGGACGAAGGAAUCAUAAGUGACUCUGCAUUGGUACUUCUGGCAUCAUCGUGCUACUUGUGGCUUGGAUCGCUUGAACAGGAUAUAUCUGCUGUCGUCUGCUCUUCAUUUGGACAAAGACCAGAAGGUGAAGCAGACGCUGCUACUUUACUUGGAGGAAUUCUCAGUUUGCCAUACAUAUCUUUAGCUGCACCGCUAGCAACUGUGACAAGCCUACGGGAAGUGACCAGACCUUCUUUCUGGCUUGGGAUUGCGCUCCGAGUGCUCAGUGCCUUCUUCGUCACGAAGCAGCUGUUUCUCCGACGAAAAAAUAAGUGGGACGACAGCGAUGACGAAGAUGACGGUGGCGGCAUCUUGGGCUCCCUGACGAGCUUCGGUGGCCGCUUAGCGGUGCGAACAGCAUGUCUAUUCGCCUACAGCCAAGCGGUGUGGCGAUUGCUGGGCGGAUGCGCCAGCACUGUCUUCCAGUUGGGCCGUCAGUCGCAAGCAUUUCUCACUGUGCUCGUCUACGUCUUCCAACUGCACCUAUCGCGUGAAAGCGAAGAUUUCAGUUACUGAGCUCCGAUGGAGUUUGGACAUUGGGAAUCUCCAUCUGAUUGUACCUGGAAGAAAGGGCAGCUUGGUGGUCGGGAAUUUGAGCACGACCGGUGGCUGAUCGAUGAUUACCGCGCACUGAACGUGAUCUGCGCGUGAUAUUUAUAUUGCUCAACCACGAUGAUAUGUAAUUAACAAUCGAAGCUCAGGGCAAAGCACUGUGAGGUGCUUUGUCGAUUCUAGUUUGAGAAUGACGGAGGGAGUUACGCCAGUUUCAGAAAUGUCGCUAGUUUUCAAGCGGGCCUCAUGAGGCCACCGGACGGUACGAGGAUGUGAGGUUUGACUCAAGCGGGACCUCUCUCACAUCGUCUUGAGGGUGAUAUGGACUCCAUCGAAGUUCGGACCUGGCGUGGACUAAUAAUUUCAUUUGUAGGCUUCGUCUCACAACUGAAGAGGCGAAGGAACUGAAAGUUGUUUUGCCCUGAGAGUUAUGUUACGGGAUAGUGUGGGGUUUUCUAUAUUUGCUAUUUUUUUUAUUGAUAUUGACAGAGCGCAGACAUCAUCUGGCAUGCAUUGAGGAGCCGCGGUUUUUAUUGAUUGGGCAAAUAAAAUAUGUAAAAUAGAUAACCUUUACAAACGUGCCACUGGGGACACCCCUUCUAUCCACUGUGAUGUAAUUUGAUGAAAGGACCUGCCAUACGCUCAAAGUGCUUUAUUUCCUGCA